AGAUGGAGGAAAAAGAGGUAGAUCAAGUUGUUGUGUUUGAGAAAAAAGAUCUCCCAGUGCUUGGUUAUCCAGUCAUCGAACAUAUAAGACGCAUAGGAAAACUCUGUGAUGUCACUCUCAAGGUGGAUGGACAGAAGUUCAGUGCACAUAAACUCAUUCUCGCAGCCAGCAUACCUUACUUUCAUGCGAUGUUCACGAAUGACAUGGUCGAGAGCCGACAGAACGAGAUCUCAAUACAGGGAAUCGAAGCAGAGGUCCUAGAAGCACUAAUCAACUUUGCAUACAAUGGAAAAGUUCAGAUAUCAAUUAACAACGUGCAGUCUCUGCUUGUUGGGGCUAGCUUUCUACAACUUCACGAAGUAAAGGAAGCGUGCUGUGACUUUCUCAAUGCAAGACUUCAUCCGAGUAAUUGCUUAGGAAUCCGGUCGUUUGCCGACACGCUGAUGUGUGCUGACCUGGUCACCUCCACGAACAAGUUCAUCGAGAAACACUUCGUCCAAGUUUCGAAGUCGGAGGAGUUUCCGCGACUCGACAAAGCCGACAUCGUCGACAUCACGGCUCGCGACGAUUUAAACGUCAGCAAUGAAGAACAGGUAUCGCAGCGAGUUUGUGACUCCCUCAGCCGGGUGGAGAGCUUCGACCCGAUCAUGAGGAAGUGGGUCGUCACGCAGGCGAUGUCGACGAUGCGAAGCCGCGUCGGCGUCGGCGUGCUCCUCGGCAAGCUGUACGCGAUCGGCGGAUACAACGGACUCGAGCGUCUCGCCACCGUCGAGAUGUUCGACUCACAGCAGAAGCAGUGGAAGGAGGUGGCGCCGAUGAAGACGCGCCGCAGUGCGCUGGGAGCCGUGGCGCUGGAUCGGGAGCUGUUUGUAUGCGGAGGGUACGACGGCGUCUCUUCUCUCAACUCCGUCGAAUGCUACAAUCCAGCAGCAAACACCUGGACGACGGUGUCCCCUAUGGCCAAGAAUCGGAGUGCAUCAGGCGUGACCGUCCUUGAAGCCCAGAUGUAUGUCCUUGGAGGCCAUGAUGGACUCUCUAUAUUCAACUCGGUCGAAUGUUACAACAAGAUGAAAAACAAGUGGACGUCUGUGACGCCCAUGCUAACGAAACGCUGCAGGCUGGGAGUUGCCUCACUGAACGGUAAGAUCUACGCUUGCGGGGGCUAUGACGGAUCGUCGUUUCUGCGCACGGUCGAGCGAUUUGACGCAGCCACUCAGAGCUGGACCCUGAUGGCGAGCAUGAACGUUAAGCGCAGCCGCGUCGCCCUGGUGGCCAACCUUGGAAAGCUGUACGCGAUCGGCGGCUACGACGGAGUCACCAAUCUGAGCUCGGUGGAGGUGUACGACCCGCUCACCGAUUCGUGGGAGUUCCAGGCGCCGAUGUGCGCUCAUGUAGGUGGCGUCGGUGUCGGGGUCGUGUCGAUCAGCCCGCCAUGCGAAGUGGAGGCCGCUGAGAAGGGCGACUGAACGAUGGCGGUGCGUCACCGACGAUAGCAAAUCUUACAACAGCAAGAUGUUUUGUUAAUUGGCAGCACGUGUGUGGAGCACGUUAAAUUCCAGUGGAGCUGUACUGUAGUACUAAGAGGACGUGAGGGAGAGAGAGUAACAUAGAACAAAUCAUAGGUAGACUAUAUAUAUAUAUAUAUAUAUAUAUAUAUAUAUAUAUAUAUAUAUGUAUAUAGUUAUACUAUACAUUAUAAGCUAGGGAAAGGGGAAGCUAAGAAGUGAAAAGUAUGGACUAUUUUCAAUCUUUGGACAAAUAUUAAGGUCGACUGCAAACAAAUAGGGACAACCAAGGAAAACCCGUAACAGCAUUGAUGGUAGUUGUCCGUAAAUUUUCCCCGAAGUUUCUAAAUAGUUCAUACGUUUCAGUUCGUAGUGGUAGGUAUUGAUUGCACAGGAUUUUGGUUUGUCACAAUUCUUCUUACGUCCUCCAAGUAGCACGAAUAUUAUGAAAGCUGUAUUAUACUAUUUGUUUCAUUACUAGUUUCUCGCACUCACGUCUAGACUGUUAAUCGCGCUACAACUCGUGCCCACGUUGUAUAUCGUUGCAUCCAAAUACAUUAGUCUCGUUACGGUACCCCAAGUUGUUGCUAGUCUAUGUGGCUGUGCUAGUCCAUGUGUCACCGUCUCUCAGAAGAAAUUGCGAUCGUGGGAUUUCGAGAGUUAUCCGAGGCAGUUAUUAUAUGGUUUAGUUCUAUGUUUGACUAGCACACUAGGCACACCAGUAUACCAGCAUGCCACAUAACCCAUAUGCAUCGGCAUAUUUUUGGUUUACUUGGUAGAUAUCUAGUGUUACAAUGUUAGUAGUUAUGUGGAAAGAAGGAGCGAGUUUUUUGCUAUCUCAUAGUGGAAACGAAGUUGAUAUUAGACCAGACCAUAUUAGAUUAUAUUAGAUUAUAUUAGAUUAUAUUAGAUUAUAUUAGAUUAUAUUAGAUUAGAAUCUCAUUUUCUCGCAGUCACCGAUCGCACGGCACCGGCUGAAGAAUAUUUGUCAUUGCUAUAUUUUAUCAAAAGCUAAUAAUACAUAUAAUGUAUCAUUAGCUCUUGAUUUUAUGUUAGUUUAAUAUUCUCCACGCUAAUAGUAUGGCUGAGAGGGUCUAUGUCCCCCGGGGUACUGCCGGAACGUACCCUGGGUACGGUCCGGUAUACCGGAACGUACCCUGG